GACAUUUCUAGGGGAAAUUACAGUGAGUCUGGCUAUUGAUUAGAAACGACUUUAAUUGAACGAAUUCUAACGUCAUUGUGCGCCUAGUGACAGAUAAGUGAUUCGACGGUGAAGAUGAAGCUGGUUUCGGCUGUCUUUCUGAUCGUUGUCAGUGUUUGUGUCGCGGUUGCUCAAAAUGAUGGAAGGUAUAGAGCGCCAACGACAACUUCGACCGUGCGUCCUUUCACUAGAUACAGACCGUAUCGACCGUACGAUCCUUUUAGCCAACUCGGUCGCUAUCAGGGACGAAACGAUGGCCGUUACGUGGGCAGAAAUGAUGGACGGUACUAUGGUGGCAAUGAUGGACGUUACAUUCCCGGAAACGAUGGAAAAUAUGUGCACCUGGAUGGCAAAUAUCAACACGUAGGUGAUGGAGACCGAGGCAAAUACAAGCACGUAGCAGGUCCUUCCGGAUCGAAUGCUGGUAGACAAGGAUCGUCGGGUGGUGGAGAUGGGGCAAAUGGCGGUGGAGAUGCAACAGCAAGAACAAUUCUAACUUCCGUUGUACCCCCUGCUCCGUCGACGGCAUUUGUUCCAACUACUCCGGUGCCAGUACCAGCAAACCGUGUUCAGCAGAAAGUAGCUCCCCGAUUGGGAGAUGGGGAUGGGUGGAAAAUUAUUCGAUUGGAAAACACGGUGCGCAAAGAUGGCUACAAUUAUGUAUUUGAAACUCAAAAUGGUAUCAACGCUGAAGAGUCGGGCAGAAUCGAAAGCGAUGGACAAGGAUCAGAAGGGCUGCGCUCACAAGGAUUCUACGAGUACGUUGGCGAUGAUGGACAAGUUUAUCGCGUGGACUACGUUGCUGACACUAACGGAUUUAUACCGCAAGGCGAUCACAUCCCAAAGGUGCCGCCGGCGAUCGAGAAACUGCUGAAAUAUUUGGCCGCUCAGCCGAAUAAAUAGGUUCUUAGGCGGGGUGAUUUGAUGAAUUCUUUCGUUUAAUUUGUUACAAUGUUGCCAACUAAAACACCGCCUGUAUAACAGUUUAACCAGAAAUUGAUUUUCAGUAACGCUGAUGCUGAUCAUCAAACUCCCUGAAUAUAGGCAAUACAAAAUUAAAAGCACACGUAUUAUUAACAAUGUCAA